GACCACAGCAGCAAGGAUGACUCCCUGGCUCGGGCUGGUCGUGCUCCUGGGCUGCUGGAGCCUUGGGCACUGGGGCGCUGAAGCGUGCACAUGCUCGCCUAGCCAUCCCCAGGAUGCCUUCUGCAACUCCGACAUUGUGAUCCGGGCCAAAGUGGUGGGAAAGAAGCUGGUGAAGGAGGGGCCCUUUGGCACACUGGUCUACACCAUUAAGCAGAUGAAGAUGUACCGAGGCUUCAGUAAAAUGCCCCACGUGCAGUACAUCCACACGGAAGCCUCUGAAAGUCUCUGUGGCCUUAAGCUAGAGGUCAACAAGUACCAGUACCUGCUGACAGGACGUGUCUAUGAAGGCAAGAUGUAUACAGGGCUGUGCAACUUUGUGGAGAGGUGGGACCACCUCACACUGUCCCAGCGCAAGGGUCUCAAUUACCGCUACCACCUCGGUUGCAAUUGCAAGAUCAAGUCCUGCUACUACUUGCCUUGCUUUGUGACCUCCAAGAAUGAGUGUCUCUGGACCGACAUGCUCUCCAAUUUUGGCUACCCUGGCUAUCAGUCCAAACACUAUGCCUGCAUCCGGCAGAAGGGUGGCUACUGCAGCUGGUACAGAGGAUGGGCCCCUCCAGACAAGAGCAUCAGCAAUGCCACAGACCCCUGAACCCAGACCUGCCCACCUCACCUCUUUCCUAUCCCGCUGAGCCUCCCGGACACUAACUCUUCCCAGAUGACGACAAUGAAAUUAGUGCCUGUUUUCUUGCAAAUUUAGCAUUGGGGACGCUUAAAGUCUCUGAUGUCUAUGGAGUUGAUUUGGAAAUACUCUCUUUGUUCUUCCCCUACUCCUUCUUUUUGGUUUUGACAUCACCCAUUUCCAACUGAAUCUCUGGUGCCAAGCCAGAAAGAAUAAGGCAUGUAUACUCCUCUUCUUCAUGAUAUAUAAUCUAUAUUUUUUUAGGAAAAGAAAAAUUGAAAAAUCUAUCCCAUUUGGGCAUUUAAUAGCUACUCCUCUUUCUUCUUCCUCUCUUGACCACAUCCUAGAACCACUUCCACAUGUACUUUUUCUUCCCAGUACACAAAGAACAUGAAUAAGGAAGUUGGCAGAAGUCCAAUUGUUCCCCAAAAAGUCAAGGGCAGCAAGCAGAUAAAUACCAGGUAUUUGAAAGACCUUAUACACAAAGGAUAAACAACUGUGUCUGGAUCAUAUGUUCUGUCCAUAUUUGCAUGUCAAAGUGUAGGAAUGGGUUAUGCAGCCCUAUGAUACUUGGGUUAACCAGAUGUUUCAGAUCCUAAAGCUAGCAUCCAUGUUAGAAUAACAGAACUUUCAGAGGUGGGUGGUGAAUAGUUAAACAUCUGCCUGAGAUCAGCAGGCAACCUGUCUGGCUGUACAGAAGCUUAGACAAAGGGCUGAGAUGAACAUCUUUCCUCUCCUGCCUCCCAUGAGACAUUCUCCUGGAAAAUCUUGGAGAAGUUUGGCUGGAAGCUUGCCAGAGAAAUACACACUAUCCACAGAUAUAGUCAAGUAGAUUUCGGUAGAGAAUACUAUUUCCAAAAUAGUGUUUAGGUCAUCUAGCAGGAUGUGUUUAUGUAUACAUUUGCAUAUACCCACAGGGGAUUAUAAGCUAAUUUUUAUAGACACAGAAUUCUAUUCAAUACUGUUAAAUAUGCUAUUAGUUUAAUCUCUUUUCUUUUGUUGUUGUUUGGGAAAUUAUGACAUUCCAAGUUGACUUUUUUUUAUCUGAAUUAAAAAUUGAAACCCUCAGCACACUCUUGUCCCUAUAACUAGAAUCAUAUCACCCCCUAUCUCCUUUCUUCCUUCUGCUUUGUGUUUGGGUGCCCUUCAUUUAAUUGCCUUACUGGCCAGCUGAUGGCAGGUAAGUGUGAGUGUAGGUUAGGGGUCUUCACAUGAGACAGUUGUACAUCUUCCUGUACAUUCUCAGUGGAAUCUUCCUAUCCAGGUUUUGGGGACAGCAUACACUUCUUCCCCAGCUCAGUACUGGGUGAACAUUACCUUCUGAGGUGGUCACCUCACAGAAGGAACAUGGUUGGUCACUAAAGGAGCCAGGCUCUGCUGUCAAACUAUAGGCCUUUUGUUGUGUCGUAUUUUUGUUUUUAAAUAAAACUAUAAUAUAAAUUUUGCUAUUAAAUAAAAUUAUUUUAAGUUUUAGUGUCAAAAAUGCAAUGCCAAUAGUAGGUGAUAUUGUAUUUUACAAGAGCUUGAGAUGGUAAGGUGGUGACAUUUAACACAAUUACUUUCUGCCUCUUCAGAUUAUGGUUAUUUAUCCUCUAUUAGUAUCAUAUCUUCUGUUCAUUCCACUUUAGGAAACACAGUUAUCAAUUAAAAGUAGAGAGACAGGAAGAGAGCAAUAAUAAGUUCCAGUGUCUGCCCCCACCUCACACAUACCAAUGCUUUGGCCAGGUGUUUGAUAGACCAGCAGGGCAGGAAGACAGUUCAGGCAAUAGAUGUCAAGUUUCCUCAUGAUUGGUUUCAUUCCCUUGUAGCUUUCCCCUGUGCUCACAGGGAACAGAAGGGACACCCCUUUUCAUGGUGUACAGCAGAAGGAGCUGAGGUCAGCAAGCCAGUCGUUCUUAAGGAUUAAGUCUCCAACUUACUGUUUGGAGUUCUUUAUUUCAACCUCAGUGUCUCCUUAACAUCAUCCCUGCUCAAGUGCCAUCCUAUAUGUGCACCCCAGUGUCUCUUUCAAGAGGUCUUUGGUCAGUCUCAAUCCCUGUGUAAUCACUUCAUUCCUAGAGGGAGACACAAGGUGAGGCCUGAGUAUGAGGCACACACCUGACGUUAACCUGAAGAUAAAAUGAAUUGGCAAAACCAUACCCCAGUUGGCUGUUGAGGCCUUGGCAAGAUGUCCUGGGCAAGGAGGGGUCAUUUGUAAAGUCACAUAUCGGAGGCCUGUAUUUGAGCUUUCUAUAAGCAAUAGCUUUGUUUAUUUCACCUGUUCACUUACUGUAUAAUUUAAAGUCAUUUAUGUAGCUGAGACACUUUGAUAUCUCAAGCAUAUUGUGAAUGUCUUAUUUUGCUAAAUCAUGUGUCAUGUGUAGGCUGUCAUAUGUACACUGUGUCUAAGAGAAGAAAAAAAGAAAAAGAAACCCACAUGCCAUUUUUCUGAUUCAAAUUCUACAGUAGAAUGAAGGGUAGAAUACUGGGACUCGAGCACUAGCUAGACUGAAGAUUAAAGGAAACAGAAGGUACCAGAAACAGACUCCUCCAGCCUCCUUCUCAUGGAAUCCUAAGGGUGAGAAGGAGAAGUAACAAAAACAAAACAAAAACUACACUGAUGUCCUUGUUCUGUAUCAACUAUCUCUGGGUCAUCUGCCACCCACUUCUGGAGACCUAUUUUCUACUCAACCAGGAAGCCAUGGUUUCUGCAAAGUCCAGGGCCAUAACAACUGUGACUCCAAGUUCUCUCUCUGUCUCAUCCAGGCAUCUUUUCUGCCUUCCAACCAAGAAAUUCCUAUGUACAAGCUUUUGCUCCCCAGACUCUGCCUACCUUCUCCAGACCUAGCCCUGCCAUACAAAUACUGUUUCAUGCCAUGCUUCUUAAACAAUAAGAGACAAAAUGCUUGGCGGUAGAUCUGUCCAGGAGAUAAUGUGGGUUCAGGAAAAAUUACUCUUCCCUGCAUUGCACCAAGGUGGCAUUUAGGUGGUUGGUUCCCACUACUUAAAAAUAAUACCCUGGUAUUUAUAUCAGAGAGAAACUUAAAAAAAAAUGUAAUGGCAGAAGCUCAAUGUAAUGGGGAAGGCAGGAGAGAGGUGUCAACAGAUCUAAGUUGGCUGUUUGGGCUGAGUAGGAAAGGAUCCAAGAAAAUAAACAUGCUCUGGGGACAUGGGUACCUUAGAUUCUCUAUGUCUACUUUUUCUCUAGUAAGUCAGCUGUGCUGAAGCCCAGUAGUGAUGAAGAGAAACCAACCAGAGAAAACUCCAUGUGGAAGGAAUGUAUUUGUUGCUAAAUUCUGUAGCACGGGUUGCAGCCCUCCUCCAUCUAUUUAUGAAUUUUAUACUCCGGGUGUAUAUUGUCUUGUAAUGUUGCACAAUGUUCACUUUUAUAGUGCGUCCUUUACUCUAAACAGUAAAGUGGUUCAUUUCUAUCACA